AUGCAAGCGCUUUUAACUCUCCUUUGGCGCGCUGUGACACGUUGCAAACUCGUCGACCCGCAAGAAAAGGUGCAUUAUGUGUUGUUCGUUGGCGUUUGGUCGAGGAUGGUUCCACCACUGACAGAGGGUUAUUUUGGAAACUCGGUGAUAGCUACUAUUGUCACCAUGAGAGCGGGGGAACUAUUGGAGGGUGGGCUUGCAAAGGGUGCUUUGGAGAUGAACAAGGUGAUUUCUUUGCACUCUGGUGAGAAGAUAAAGAACCACUAUGAAUCUUGGAUGAGAAGGCCAAGGCUGUUAAUGUUGCCGAGUGGCGUGGCUGGUAGUAGUUACUUGAUCACUAGCAGUUCCCCAAGGUUCAACAUAAUGGGUAAUGAUUUUGGUUGGGGAAAGCCUGAAGCAGUUCGAAUUGGAGGUGGCAAUGAACGAAACAGCAUGAUUACUCUGUUUGGUGGCGCUGAAGAAGGCUCCAUUGACAUUGUAGUGGACCUUCCUUAUUGGAUUUUGGAGGCCUUGGGAAACGACGCAGAGUUCAUGGACGUUGUGUCCAACUAA